UAGCUAGCUCCUUCAGUGAAUCGGCUAACCGCUGCGACGCUGCUGUUCGUGCCGCAUCGGGGACUUUCGACCUUUUCUCCUCCCCCGGUUCACACAGGCUGCUUUUUAACGUCGGUAAUUCGACAUCGCUCAUUUAUCAUGACAGAAGCUGACUGAAGGGCUCGUGAAGUUUAGGUCUUGUUGAUUUUCCAGCCGGUUUGGCGGGACUAGAUCGGGUUAACAAUACGACGAGCUAAAGGCUAAAGCAGCUAGCGCCACAGGCCAGUCUGUUUUUUUCCAGGUAGCUAACACAGCUAGCUUAGCAGCUGUCAUGGAAGACAAAUCCUUUACUAAAGAACUAGACCAAUGGAUCGAACAGCUAAACGAGUGUAAGCAGCUCUCGGAAAACCAAGUCCGGACGCUCUGCGAGAAGGCCAAGGAGAUCCUGACCAAGGAGUCCAACGUGCAGGAGGUGCGAUGCCCGGUGACGGUGUGUGGCGAUGUCCACGGUCAGUUCCACGACCUGAUGGAGCUGUUUAAGAUCGGAGGCAAGUCUCCCGACACCAACUACCUGUUCAUGGGAGACUACGUCGAUAGAGGCUACUACUCCGUGGAGACGGUCACGCUGCUCGUCACGUUAAAGGUUCGUUUCCAGGAGCGAAUCACCAUCCUGCGAGGGAACCACGAGUCGCGGCAGAUCACGCAGGUCUACGGCUUCUAUGAUGAGUGUCUGAGGAAGUACGGCAACGCAAACGUCUGGAAGUACUUCACAGACCUGUUCGACUACCUGCCGCUCACUGCGCUGGUUGACGGACAGAUCUUCUGUCUCCACGGAGGUUUGUCUCCGUCCAUAGACACUCUGGAUCACAUACGAGCUCUGGACCGCCUGCAAGAAGUCCCACAUGAGGGCCCGAUGUGUGACCUGCUGUGGUCGGACCCUGACGAUCGCGGUGGGUGGGGCAUCUCCCCCCGAGGUGCCGGUUACACCUUUGGACAGGACAUCUCUGAAACCUUCAACCACGCCAACGGCCUCACGCUGGUGUCCCGUGCCCAUCAGCUGGUCAUGGAGGGCUACAACUGGGGUCACGAUAAGAACGUGGUGACCAUCUUCAGUGCUCCAAACUACUGCUACCGCUGUGGAAACCAGGCGGCCAUCAUGGAACUGGAUGACACUCUGAAAUACUCUUUCCUUCAGUUUGACCCCGCCCCCCGUCGUGGCGAGCCCCACGUGACCAGACGCACUCCUGACUACUUCCUGUGAAUGUCCAAAGCCGUCCCUGUCAAUCAUCCACGAAGCUCCACCCCCUCCCCCCCACCCCCUCAUUUUGGAUGGAAAGAAGAUAUUAAUGAUGAUACUGUACCAGGGAGAGUAGAAACAAACGAUUGGCUGACGAAUCCAGAUUUUAACAGAGAGAAACGUAACGAGCGGCGCCCUCUACAGUCGUGUCUUCAGUAUGCUGUCAUUAAAAACAACACGUUCAACGAUGAUGAUCUACUUUCUUCUUUUGUUUCUUACAUGUUUGAAAACGAGAUAAUAAAACUACCAACGUGGACCAAAUGUGCCAUAUUCUGAUCCUUCUACCACAACGCGCAGGCUUCUUUUCUUUUCCGUUUGUUCUUCUGUUUGUUUCUGUUGUUUUUUUUUAGACCAGCACUAAAACCCGACCACCCUGACGUCACCUCCACUCAUCACAUCACAUGGCAUAAACAGUUUGUGCUUUUUUCUGUUGCGAGAUCAUUUUAAAAAAGGUGGAGGGAAAAAAAGAAAAGUUUGCUUCAAGUAGUACAGCUGUGAGUUUUAGCUGUCCAGGCUGCAGCCGGUCGUCAUCUCAGCAAGUAUAUUACUGUAAUUUGAAUAAAGACAACAGACGUAUGAAAUAAAAUGUCCUAUUGACAAACUA